AUGAGCCUGGGGUAUGACAUCUAUGAGAGCCAUUUCAAUGCCAGAACAACUUCCUAUGCCAUGCUAGGUCUGCCUUCUGGUGGGGAACGCCACCUUCCAAAUUUUGAUUGUGGCAAGAAGAAGAACCUGCUGGCCAUUCUUGAAGGAACUGAAUUGGACAUCUCCACUCUGGUUUCAGCCAUGUCAGGCAUCUACAAGAUUCCUCAGCCACAGAAAUUGACUUGCCUGUUCCGACAAACGGCCUUCAGCACCAUCUUCUCAGUUGCUGUCUCUUCUGUGUUGGCAAAGACCAUCACUGUGGUGCUGGCCUUCCUGGCUGCCAAGCCAGGCAACAAGGCCAUGCCUCGUUCCAGGUGCGUUGAGAGUUGUCACCCGGGAAGUGCCAAGAAGAUCCGGGAAGGUGAGCUGCCUUGCUGUUAUGCUUGUGUUCCAUGUGGAGAGGGGACCAUCUCCUCGCAGGAAGAUGUGGAGCACUGUAGAAAGUGUCCAGAAGAGCAGCAUCCAAACAAGCACCGAGAUCAAUGCGUGCCCAAGAUAGUAAACUUCCUGUCAUAUGAAGAACCUUUGGGGAUCAUCCUGGCUUCCUUUGCACUAAGCUUGUCCGUAAUGACAGGCUGCAUAUUAGGAAUCUUCAUGAAAUGCCUGGAAACACCACUAGUCAAAGCCAACAACCGGGACCUCUCCUAUGUUCUCCUGGUCUCCCUCCUCCUGUCUUUUUCAUCCUCCUUCUUGUUCAUUGGCCAGCCAAGCAAAGUGACCUGCCUGCUCCGACAAACAGCCUUCAGCAUCAUCUUCUCAGUGGCUGUUUCUUCAGUGCUGGCCAAAACCAUCACUGUGGUGCUGGCCUUCCUGGCUACUAAGCCAGGGAACAAGGUGAAGAGGUGGCUUGGGAAGAUUCUGGCCAACUCCAUUGUCUUUUCCUGUUCCAGUGUCCAACUGGUCAUCUGCUCCAUCUGGCUGAGCAUGGCUCCCCCUUUCCCUGAUCCGGACAUGCACUCCCAAGCUGAACAGAUCAUCCUACAGUGCAAUGAAGGGUCUGUCACAUGGUUUUACAGUGCCCUUGGCUACAUGGGCUUCCUGGCUGCCAUCUGCUUCACAGUGGCCUUCCUGGCCAGGAAGCUGCCUGGGGCCUUCAACGAGGCCAAGCUGAUCACCUUCAGCAUGCUGGUUUUCUUCAGUGUCUGGGUGUCCUUUGUGCCCUCCUACCUGAGCACCAAGGGCAAGUACAUGGUGGCGGUGCAGGUCUUCUCCAUCUUGGUCUCCAGUGCGGGGCUGCUGGGCUGCAUCUUCAUUCCCAAGUGUUACAUUAUUGUACUGAGACCUGACCUGAAUACAAAGGAGCACCUCAUGAUGAAAACUCAGCUUGGCAUCUGUUCCUGA